CCCGACUGGCCCUAUCCCAACAGCCACAGCCACAGUCACAGUCACGGGUCGGUACACAUCGCUCAGGUGGCUCGGAUUCUGUCCCACUCCCAUCCAGCUCUGGCCGAGAUGCUCAUGCAGCCCAAUGCUCACAUUGAGUAUGGAUAUCCCUGCUCUUCACCGUCAUCAUCAUCAUCAUCAUCUUCUUCUUUUUCUUCUUUCUCUGCGAUUACACCACCCGCUUCCGACAGUCCACGGAAGGGUUCAUUGGGCGGGGGUGCGAGGCAGAAAAAAGGAGACACGGAGGCGGAGGCGGAGGCGUCGGAGGCGGAGGCGUCGGAGGCGUCGGAUGUCCGACCACUUCAUAUCGUCAUUAAUCUUUCCCCGAGUCCUGCUGUCUAUUCCGCUUGAUUAGUUGGUACCUGUUUUGGUCUGCUCAUGUCCUGUCUUUCUUCAUCUACUACUGAGGCUACGACUGAUGCC